AUGGGAUCAGACGUACGUGACCUGAACUCCCUGCUGCCCCCUCUCCCGGCGGGCCCCAGCCCCGGCUGCCCAGCCCUGCCCGUCAGCACGGCUCCUCAGUGGGCUCCCGUCCUGGACUUCCACACCGCCGCCUCCCCUUACUCCUCCCUGGCCACCCCCCACACCUCUCUGGGGCCACACUCUUUCAUCAAGCAGGAGCCUAGCUGGGGGGCCACCAGCGACCCCCACCACCUUGACACGGACCCUCACUGUGGCCUCAGCGCCUUCACCGUCCACUUCUCAGGGCAGUUCACUGGGACCGGGGCCUGCAGGUAUGGGGCGGCAUUUGGGGCGCCCCCACCUCCACCGCCGCCCAGUCAGCCGCCGUCUGUGACCGCCCCGCACCACCACCAGCCCCCCAGCAGGAUGUUCAGCAAUCCACCGUACCUGACCAACUGCAUGGACACGCAGCAGGCAGCCCGCAACCAGACAGCCUACAGCACGGUCGCAUUCGACGGAGCCAGUAAUUACGGCCACACUCCUACACACCACAGCUCGCAGUUCUCCAACCACUCCUUCAAACAUGAGGACGCUUUAACUCAGCAAAGCACUAUGGGUGAGCAGCAGUAUCCCGUACCUCCUCCUGUCUACGGAUGCCACACACCUUCAGACAGCUGUACAGGCAGCCAGGCUCUGCUGCUGAGGAACCCUUACAACAGCGGAGAAAAUUUAUAUCAAAUGACCUCUCAGUUGGAGUGUGUGGCAUGGAACCCUGUCAGCACACUGGCAUCCACCCUAAAGAGUGGUGCUAGAAAAACGGUCAGGUGGUCCUCUGGGAACCAUGAAACUCUAUACUACAUGUCAUGGCACACCACCCCCAUGGUGUACAGCUGCAGCACACAGUACCGCAUACACACACAUGGAGUCUUCAGGGGCAUACAGGAUGUGCGGCGGGUGCCCAGCAUCGCUCCAGCCAUAGUGCGGUCAGAGACCAGCGAGAAGCGACCGUUCAUGUGCGCCUACCCAGGAUGCAACAAGCGCUACUUCAAGCUGUCUCAUCUGCAGAUGCACAGUCGCAAACACACAGGGGAGAAACCCUACCAGUGUGAGUUCACGGACUGCGGCCGCAGGUUCUCCCGCUCCGACCAGCUCAAGAGACACCAGAGGAGGCACACAGGAGUAAAACCCUUCCAAUGCGAGACGUGUCAGAGAAAGUUCUCUCGGUCUGACCACCUUAAGACACACACCCGGACUCAUACAGGUAAAACAAGCGAGAAGCCGUUCAACUGCCGGUGGCCGAACUGUCAGAAGAAAUUUGCCCGGAGUGAUGAGCUGGUGCGACACCACAACAUGCACCAGAGGAACCUCACCAAGCUCCAGCUGGCCAUCUGA